UUUCGACGUUUCCAAAAUACAAUUUUUUUUUUUUUUUGCUAACACCAUAUACAAAUUGCUACCCAAUCAUGGCAGCUUCUGCAACAGCCAAGCUCUUAGUAUCUGAUUUCGCCUCCUCCGUUAGCCAUAUCCCUUCAAUCUACGUCCGACCCAUCUCCGACCGUCCAAACUUGUCCGAGGUCGAAACUUCCGGCGAUUCUAUUCCUUUGAUAGAUCUACUGGAUCUCCAUGGACCCAAUCGAGCCGAGAUUAUCCAUCAACUUGCUAAUGCGUGCUCCACUUAUGGCUUCUUUCAGAUCAAAAAUCAUGGAGUACCAGAGACAACCGUCAAUAAAAUGCUUACUCUCGCAAGAGAAUUUUUCCAUCAACCGGAGAGCGAGAGGAUGAAACAUUACUCGACGGAUUCAACAAAGACGACGAGAGUCUCCACAAGUUUCAACGUCAGUGCAGACAAAAUCUUGAACUGGAGAGACUACCUUCGACUCCAUUGCUUUCCUAUCGAAGAUUUCAUUGACGAAUGGCCUUCAAAUCCCGUUUCUUUCAAAGAGAUCACAGCUGAAUACACCACAAGCGUUAGAGCCUUAGUCUUGAGACUUCUUGAGGCAAUCUCUGAGAGCUUAGGCCUUGAGAAGGACCAUAUUAGCAAUACAUUAGGCAAACACGCUCAACACAUGGCCUUUAACUACUAUCCUCCGUGUCCUGAGCCUGAGCUAACUUACGGACUUCCUGGACAUAAAGACCCAACCGUUAUCACUCUCCUUCUUCAAGACCAAGUCUCAGGUUUGCAAGUCUUUAAGGAUGAUAAAUGGGUCGCUGUUUAUCCUAUCCCAAACACUUUCAUCGUCAAUGUCGGCGACCAAAUACAGGUCAUAAGCAAUGACAAAUACAAGAGCGUGCUUCACAGAGCCGUCGUGAACACUGAGAAGGAGCGGAUAUCGAUUCCAACAUUCUAUUUUCCUUCGACAGAUGCAGUGAUUGGUCCUGCACAAGAGCUGAUCAAUGAACAAGACUCUCCUGUUGUUUACAAAAGCUUUCCUUUUGUUGAAUAUUGGGACAAGUUUUGGGACAGAUCACUCGCUACUGCGAGCUGUCUCGACGCUUUCAAAGCUUCAAAAACCUAAAAGAGUGUCUACUUUGGAAUCAAUCUUGACUGGCUCUAUUGUUUAAUGUACGGAAUCCAAAAACCAUUAUAUCUAAUGUAACAAGGGCGUUUCAAGAUUAGUUUGUUUCUUAAUGAAUUUUUAAAUCUUAACUUUCACCUGCCACUAGUAAUGCGUUUUCAAACUAUAUAUAGUAUAUUAAAUUAGGAUCCGCAUAUAUUAUUGAUUUGUUCC